AUGAAGGCCAUCAUCCCCAUCCUCACGGCGCUCGUCGCCCUGAGCGAUUUCACCUCUGCCCAUUACCGCUUCACGAGCCUCGUCGUCGGGGGCGUCAACACGGGCGAAUACACCUACGUCCGGCGCAACACAAACUACAACAGCCCAGUCACAGACGUCCUCAGCAGAGACAUUGUCUGCAACGCCGGCGGUCUGUCCUCCGGUCCCGCAACCCAGACCGCCACCGUCGCCGCCGGUUCAACCGUCGGUUUCGCAAUGGACCAAGCAAUCUACCACGACGGGCCCGUCAUCGUCUGGCUCUCCCCCGCCGGAGCGUCCAGCAACGUCACAGCCUACGACGGCAGCGGUCCCUGGGCCAAGAUCUGGGAGCUGGGCGCGCAGACGGGCAACGGCCAGAUCAAGUUCCCCGCCGCGAACCAGGCCGCCUUCAACUUUGCGAUUCCGGCAUGUACACCCCCGGGAGAGUACCUCCUCCGCAUCGAGCAGAUUGGACUGCACUCCGCCAGCGCCAAGGCCGGAGCCCAAUUCUACAUUUCGUGCGCCCAGAUCAAGGUGACGGGAGCAGGGAGCGGCGGUUCGUUCUCGCCCACUGUUAGAUUUCCGGGUGCGUACACUGGCAACGAGCCUGGUAUUUUGAUCAAUAUCUACUACCCUGUGCCAACGACGUACACCGUUCCGGGAGGUCCUGUGGCAAAGUGUUGA